AUGCCUCGUAUUGAGAACGAACCCAAGUUGGACUUUAGAGAUGUGCUGCUCAGGCCAAAACGAUCCACUUUGCAGUCGAGAAGCGAUGUGGACUUGGUUAGAGAGUGAGUUGAAACUAUUCAAUGUUUAUGUUAAUUCUUUGGGAUAUUACUUUAGAUUUAACUAUGGUAUUUGAUAAAAUUAAUUUUUAACCUCAAUACCUUUAGAUUCACAUUCCGCAACUCCAAGAAAACCUACACCGGAAUCCCGAUCGUAGCCAGUAACAUGGACACAGUAGGAACCUUCGAAGUAGCCAAGGAAUUGGCCGAGCAUCGUGUCUUCACCACCAUCCACAAACAUUACUCGAUCGAUGACUGGAAAGCAUUCCAUGAAGCCAAUAAAGAUACCAACAUCUUCGACCACAUUGCCAUUUCAGCUGGAAUGGCAGAGCGAGACUUCGACAAACUGAAGACGGUAUGUGAGAUGAUCCCAGAACUGGCAUACAUCUGUUUGGAUGUGGCAAACGGGUACUCGGAACACUUUGUCAGCUUCAUUCGACGAGUACGAGAACAAUUCCCUGAACAUACCAUCUUCGCGGGUAAUGUGGUGACGGGAGAGAUGGUGGAGGAACUGAUUUUGGCUGGUGCUGAUGUUGUUAAAGUAUGGAGUUUUCAAAUUUUAAAAUUUUUUAAUUUUAAAAUACACUAUAAGCUACCCUAGCCUACCUUAUUAUACCUUGCCCUACGUUGCUUUGCCUUACUCUACCCUAUCUUAUCCUAUUCUAACUCUUCCUACCCUACCUUACUCUGCCCUAGCUCUGCUCCACCCUAUCAUAUAUCACUUUGUCCUUAAAAAUUAAAAAAAACUUCAUUUUUUUACCUAAAAUCACAAUUUUCCAAAAUUUCAGGUAGGUAUCGGACCAGGAUCAGUCUGUACCACCCGCAAGAAGGCUGGUGUCGGUUAUCCCCAACUCUCGGCCGUUCUCGAAUGUGCCGACGCUGCUCACGGUCUCAACGGUCACGUUAUGUCGGAUGGUGGCUGCACCAACCCCGGCGAUGUCGCCAAAGCGUUCGGAGCCGGCGCUGACUUUGUCAUGAUUGGCGGACUCUUCGCCGGACACGACCAGAGCGGCGGAGAAAUCAUCGAAAAGAACGGGAAACAGUUCAAACUCUUCUACGGAAUGUCCUCGGAUACGGCGAUGAAGAAGCACCAUGGCUCUGUAGCUGAGUAUCGUGCCAGCGAAGGCAAAACCAUCACCAUCCCCUACCGUGGUAAUAUCAAUCAUACCAUCCUGGACAUGUUGGGCGGGUUGAGGUCGGCUUGUACUUAUACUGGAGCUACCAAGCUGAAGGAGUUGGCCAAGAGGGCCACAUUCAUACGUGUAUAUCAACAAACUAAUGACAUGUACAAUCAGCACGAGGUCUAGGGUUGGGUCGUACUGACUUGUGGAGGUGUAGAAGCAGCUCUUUCUUGUUCCAAAUUGUUUUCUUUUGUGUUGAAAUAAAUGAUUUUGAGUAUUUCGAGAGUUUUUGAUAAUAUUGAGGUAUAGAGUAGAGUAUUGUUAUAAGAAAUAAUUAGGAAAUAGGCAUAGUAUAUUCACCAUGGCAAGGAAUGUCCUUUUCCGUUCAAGAGAAAGAGUUGAAGUCGAUAUCGCCAGUUGAGUACAAUGAGAUUUUUCUCUAUCUUACAGUUAACUACAUCACCAAGUUUUACAUUACCCAGUUGCCUAUAACAGGAGUUUUCAUUGAAACUUCAUUACCUAUAACAAAAGCUCACUAUAUCAACAUUAGAACCUUAAAACCUCUCAAACUUUCAUCCCCUAACAUAAUAUACCUUUUCGGCCGAUACCAAAAGUAAUAACCAAGGCCGACAUGUUCGUAUGUUAGCGAAAAAGCGAGUUAAUUGUAGUAUUAUGUCUCUUCUUCUUCACAUGCCACCCCUCUAAUCGAUACCUACACCAGAUUACCUGAAAUUACACUCUAACAUUUGUUUUCACUAAUGUAAACAUGUCGUAUACGAAGUUAAAUUUAAGUAUAUCGUAUAUACUACUAAAGUUAAUAUUUUAUUGUAAUAUCUUAGUGGGUUUGGUGAGUAUAGUAAGUUCAAUUCAUUUGGGAUUGAUUGAGAACGAUGAACGACUGGUCGACGUCUGUAAACAUGCUGUGGAAGAUGCUAAAGUCGCUAAACAUUGCGACAGUAAUGUGAAGUAAGUUGGAUACAUUUGUCUGAAAUUUCUAGUCUUAUUAUAGUAUAAAAAUGAAAGCUACAGUGAAUUCUUUACAAUUAGACCCAUCUACUGCAAUAUUUUCUGUAAAAAAAGUUCUAAAAUUCUGAAGUUUAUAAUUUUGUUACCUAAAUUUUGGCCUAAAUAUCAAGAGUUAGCUUUUUUGUUACCUUAAACACGUUAAUAUGCCCUUUAGUUAACAGAAAGUUAACAGAAAAUGUAAAACAACUUCAAAAAAAACAUCAAAACCUGGUAGACGAAGUGUCAAACCGUCAACGAAAGACAUUUUUUGUAGGGGUGAGAAACGGGCCGGCCUUGAGCUAAAAUUGAAACGGGCCGGGCUUGAAAAUUGGGCCCGGGCCCAAAAAAACUUUAAAUUUUUAAAAAUUUUAAAUUUUAAUCCCCGUUGUUGUUUUUUGAUUUUAUUGGGUACCAUGGUACAUAAAUGAUCUAAAAGAACAAUGCAAAGUAUAUUAGGCUUUUUUGUUACCUAUUCUUACAUUUUUUACUUGUUUUUCGGCUUCUCAACGCCUUCAGCGAUAAAUUUUCUAACGUUUGUCCCAAAAUUAUAUUCUUUUGGCCAAAAAUUUAAUUUUUUGGUGCUGCAGCAUGCUGUAACUUAUUAUUUCUAUGUUCUUUUAUAUUCCGUUUAAUGAAUCUUCGUCUAUGGAUAAUAAACAAGCCAUAUAUAUCCGGCUGGUUCGGUUUGAAUACCUGUUGUUACCUAAAACAAUGUUUUAUUAGUUAUUAUCGCCUCUAAACAUUGAAAUUUCAGAGUUCUGAACAUAACAGAAUGUACAUCUCCAUACGACUUGAUAAAUGCAUUGGAUUUGCACUUCAAACAAGAUGCUAGCACUUUGGUAUUGGGUGAUUGUGAUCAAGAAACGUUGGAUUUGGCCAGGUUAUCUUCAGGCUUUACUUUUCCGGUUUUUGUCAGGACUUUUCAGCAACCACAUUAUGCUAUUCAGUCUGAGUUUCCCAAUGUUAUUUAUGUGAGUUUGAGAAUUUUUAAAGUUGUUUUACUUUUUUAGGUAUUUAUUACGGACAACAAUGAUCAUAAUGGCGUUUUUACAAAAACAUGAAUAAUAACAAGUGUAAUAUAAAGAAUAAUCUAUAUAAAGGCUUUUUUUAAACUUCAAAUGCUGUGUUGUUUUCUAUUUUAGGCUUUAAAGACCAUUUAUUACCCAUUUUAGACCUCAAAAGCUACUUUAAUACCUAUUUUUCUCUCCAGAAACGAUAUUAAUACCAAUUCCAGACCCCAGACACAGCGAUCAUGUUUAUGGCCCAAACUUUGACCGAUCUUCUAAAUAGAUUGACUCUAAAACAGAUUACAUUUAUUGGUCCAGCAGUGAAUCCUGAGAAUAGUAUGGUGCCAUUGACUGAUGUGUUUUUGGCAAUGAUGAAAGAGCUAAAUACGGUUAAUAUCAGUAGCGUGUAUCGAGUAGACGAAGUACGAUGGGAAAACUUGGCUUCGAUUAGCAAGGGGAUCAAAACUAACGUCAAAUGUAGGUUUUGGAUUCAUAUUGUUGUAGGUAGAUAUUGGGGGUGGUUUUUUGUUUUUUUUUCAUAAGUCGGCUUGCUUAUAACAAGUUUUAACAAUAAUUGUUAUGACAUACUUCCAUAAGGAUGGUAAUCCACAUAUAUACAACUUGAUCUUGUUUUAGGCGUGGUGAGCUGCUUAUAAAACGAUGUCAUUUUAGGUGUGGUAAUAGACGCAAGUUUUCAAAAACUAUCUACAGUACUCAGCUCGCUUGGAGUAAUUGAAAUGGGACAAAACAAUGUAUUGGUGGUACUAUUAUGCCGUGAUUCAUAUACUGUUUGUUCGAAAGACGUACUGGCUGGGUAUCAAAAGAGCAAAAUGGUUGUGGUAGGUUUCAAGUAUCUAUAACAAUAUAUUCAAAUCUGUAAAGGUGCUAUGUUCAAUUUUUUGGUCUAGCCUUUUUCAAAUUUGCUUUGGUUAGCUUGGUGACUAGCCAAGGUCGGAACGGGCCUAAUGAACCGGUCUAUACAUAAUAUCCUUACCAAUACAUAUCUAUUACUAGGGCUAGGUUGAAGACUGUGCUUUGAAGGACAAAGUCAAGUCAUACUAUUUAGUAUUAUACUUUAAAUUCACAUUGAGAUGUAGUUUUAUGAUUUUUUCCAGCUAGCUCCAAAAUACGACAAUUACGAUGAUCAUAUAGCCAAACUAACUGAAUGGAUACCUGACAUUGAUCUUACUCAGGUAAAAUACGUUUAAUUGUGUUUCCUAUUGUUUAUGUUUUUUAAUAUCAAAUGAUGUAUCUUUAGACAUUAUACACCGAGCUGAUAGUAAUGUACGACAUAUGUUACACUUAUUGCUAUUGCACAUUGCAAGGACAGUAUCAGAACAGAGAUGCCAUGUUUAGUGUGUUGACCGGCAAAACUAUUCCUGGAGGUAAAAUACGCACUUCAGUUCUUUCUCUUUUAAUAUUAUGUUGUUUUAGGUAUUGUUUUUCUAGGGCUGGGUAAUGGGAGCGGUGGGGUUGUUUUUUUGAAAAUAUUAGGUUGUUCAAAUAAUUCUGUACUCUUCUUGAAGUAACUUUGUGGGGUUAGGGGGCGCAGAAUUAUUUGAACAACCUUAUAUUUUUGAAUUUUUGUUCCUCUCUUCUCCUUUGCCAGACCCGAGUUACCCACCCAGUAUUGCCUACAACAACAUUAUACCAUAUAUUAUCUUACAUAUACUCUACCUUAACAUUUCCAGGUCAAAUGGGCACAAUCUCAUUCGACGGCAACACAAACUACAUCCGUGACAUUCAAGUACUUCAAUUUCAAGAACCAGACAAUGAUGAUUUUACCGUAGUAACCACUGCCAAAGCUAUUGUGACCGAAUGCAAAAGAUUCACAUGUUCGGCCGUUAACUUUGAUCCAGCUCAGUUCAAUUUAUGGGAUGAGGAGCUGAAAGCUGAGAUUCCGUUUUGCUAUUACAACGGAGGAUGCACGAACUAUAUGCCAUUGAUUAUAGGGGGUGUUUUGGUGAUAUUGGCAUUGGUGAUUGCUGGUGGAAUCUAUGGAUAUCAGAGAAGGUGAGAGGGGUGUUUUGGGUAUUUAAGAGUGUCAGUAUUAUCAAGAAAUGAUGUAAAUUGAAACAGAUUUUGUGUAAAAUACGCGGAACCCCUUAAUUUCCGUUAAAUUUUACUAAUUACGUUCGAAUUCUACUUUAUCAUUGCUUUACUGUAUUCUUAAGUUUACUAUAAUAUUUUUAUUUUACAUGUACGAUAUUGUAGUAAAUAGAAGUUUUCUUGAAGCUCUAUUCUAGUUGUAUUAUACAUCUGCACAAGUCCUACCUUAUUUUGUACUAAGGUGUAGUUUGCUCUACCUUAUUCUAUUGUCUCGUAGCCAUAUCCUAGCUUUAUUAGAAUUUUAAUCUAGUUAUAUUAGUACAGUCAAACCUUUGUUACUUUAGUAUGAUACUCGAUAGCAUGACAGUAUGACACGCUCGUUAUAAGGACUGCCUUCUGAUUGCCUUUUGUAAUAGAACUGUUAUCGAAAGUUACCUUAAUAGUGUGAAACCUUGGUUAUAAUGGUACUUUGAUCUAGUUCCUUGAGUGUCAUACUAAAGAGGCUUGACUGUAUGUAAAAGUUUUCAAAAAUAAUUUGUUGUUGUUUUUCAGAAAACGCCUUGACGUAUUCCGAAUGCACUGGAAGAUACCCAAAGCUCAAAUCAAAGUCAUUGAAAAUAAACAGGUAACUUUUAGGUUUAUUGAACUUUCUAUAUCACCAAUCGUAUUUUACUAAAAAAUUGUGAUUAACCAAAAUAUCACACUAUAGUGCACUACACAACUAAAAAUUAAAAUGAUUUUUAAAUUUCUAGUCCAAAUCCAAAAGUGCAGCAGGAGGUGAAGACAACAGUAAAACCUCGAACCUCGUAUCAAAACGUCGUGUUGUCGCUGCUUAUGCUCUCCUUGGCACUUCGAAAGCCGAGUUCUUGGCGUUGAAACAAGUAAAAACUGUAAAAUGGACAAAAGAUGAGAUGAAUCAGAUCACUGAGCUCAAGAGGAUCAACCAUGACAAUAUGACAACAUUUCUGGGGGAUUUGUUAUAACGAAGGCGACAAGUUUUAUGUUCUACACAGUCUGGUGGAUCGAGCUACUUUGGAGGUAGGGACGGGGGGUUAGAAGGCAAGGGAGAAGGUUUUUCAGGAAGCAUAUGGGAGGGGCAGUGUUUUGAGAUAAAAGGGGGAGGCGAAAAUUAAUUUUUUUUAAUUUUAAAUUUUGAAAAAAAAUUUUUACUACGGUUACUACGCUAAACAUAGUACGGUGGGUAUCCUAAAGUUAUCUUAUCUUUCCUAGCAUUAUCUUAACUUUAGCUACCUUACAUUACAUGCUUUUUAGGAAUUCAUAAACGACGAAGACUUCCUAAUGGACACAACUUUUAAGUCAGCGUUUCUUAGAGAUAUUAUCAAUGGUCUACAGUAUCUACACAAGAGUACAGUAGGCUUUCAUGGAUUCUUACAUCCAGCUUACUGCCUAAUCGACGGUAAUUGGGUAUUGAAACUAACAAAUUUUGGUCAAGUUAACGUACUGAAUGCAGCGAUUGCUAGGGAAGAGAUCAAGCUGAUGGAGAUUGUACCUUUUAACAGUAAGUAUUGGUUUAUUUUGAGAUUUUUUUUAUUUUAAGGAUUAAAUUUUGUAUUUAUAAAAUUUUCUGAAAUUCCGAAAAUUUUAAAAGUUAACAAAUUUGUUUCAGUGUACUACAACAUAGCCCCAGAGAACCUAGAAGGCAUUCAAUAUGGUCGUUGGUAUCCAAAAGGCUCCAAACUUGGUGAUAUAUACUCGUUUGGAUCACUUCUCUUCAUGGUACUGUUCAGAAAAGUACCAUUUGAUGGAGUUUUCGUAUCUCCGAAAGAUCUGAUCGAAGAUAUUCGAAAAGAUGGUCGAACUCCACCGGUCGACGAAAGCUUGCCCGAGGAAAAGCCAUUGGUCGAUUUGAUGCAGGAUUGCUGGAAGAAGAAUCCUGAAGAGCGGCCAAAGUUGAGGAAAGUCAAUCAGGUCAUUUCGACUGUUUUUGAGCUGUCGUAAGUUUGAGGGAUAGUUAAGGGAGGGAGUUAAGGUAUACGAUUUUAUUACUCUAGCCUAUUUUACAUUAACUUAUCUUACUCUGGCCUGCUUUUUGUUGUCUUAUCUUUACUCUUCUUUGGUCUACUCUAUUGUACCUUACCUUACACUCAACUUUAGCUCUAUCUUAGCCCUACUUUAGCUUUUUUCUAUUCUUUUUAUGUUUAAUCUUAGCCUAGUCUUAUCUAACAAGUAAGACUACUCUGAUCUUAUUUUAGGUUUACUCUAUCUGUUUGCAUCCUAUCUUCUUUGAGCUCUAUAAGCUAUCCUUUUUGAGCUAGUAAAGGUUAGAGGGGUGGAUAACUUUAUAGACAACCUAACAUAUAUUUUUAAAUUUCAGAAAAGGAAACUUGAUUGAUCAGAUGAUCAAAAUGAACUACUCAUACGCUCAACAUUUGGAGAAGAUUGUAGACGAACGUACGGCCGAAUUCGAAAGUCAAAAGAUUAUGAACGCUAAGCUACUACAGCAGAUUUUACCAGCGUAAGUUUCUCUUACAAAUCACUUUUUCGAAGCAAUUUUUUGGCGAUAGUGGGCACAGAAUUAUUUGAACAACCUAAUAAUGUAUAAUAAUUUAAAAUAAUGAAAUUUCAGAUCGAUUGCCGAAAAGUUGAUAACAGGCGAAUCUGUGAUUCCACGGAACUACGAAGCCGCCACGGUAUUGUUCUGUCAAUUGGUCGACUUUAACUUCUUUUUGUCACACACAGCCCCACACAAUGUCAUCAGGUUCUUGAAUGACGUCUUCAGCCGAUUUGAUGCUGUGAUCGAACAUCAUGAUGCUUACAAGGUGGAAACUACUGGAGAGGUAGGUAGUCAAAAUUGAGGUCUAAGCCUUGGCAGUGACGUUCUGUGUAGGAGGUUUGUGUUGCCAGUUACAUAUUAUACUUUAUCGUUCUAUAAUGUGUAUGAGGGGUAUAUUUUCAGUAACAACUUUAUCUGAGAGUUAUGUUGAGGGUAAAGGCCUGUGGAUUAGAUUAAAAUUGAUAAUUAUGUAAUUGUAACUGUUUUGUAAAAUACGUUAUUUGAUGUACUUGGCCGCAUAAUAGUAAUGUGUAUCAAAAAAUUUUUUUAAUUCGAAAUAUGAAAAAAUAUUAUUUCAGACUUACAUGGUAGCAUCAGGAGUACCAAACGAGAAUGACAAUCGGCAUGUCAUUGAAAUAUCUGAAAUUGCAUUGGAAUUGAGGGCUUUGUGUCAACAGUAAGUUAACUGUUUCUUUUUUGGUGGUUGAUGUAUAUUUUUUUGUUUUUUGAACUACUAUAUCUCUUUUUAUUCUUUAUUACGUUGUUUAAAUAAUUAUGUGCUCUGUAUCUUCGAGAAUUUGCUUUCAGAGGAGGCACAGAAUUAUUUGAACAGCAUAAUAUAUAUAAAACUAACAUUUUAAUUUUUAAAAAGUUUUUUAAGAGAAAAGCGUUUUUCCGUGUGUAUAUGUUACCUAAAUUUUAGCUACAUAGUAGAGCACAUACCAAACUGGAAGGUACAAGUCAGAAUUGGCUAUCAUUGUGGUCCGAUUGCUGCUGGGGUUGUGGGUGCUAGAGCUCCACGGUUUUGUCUUUUUGGAGAUACUGUAAGUUUUUUUGAUGUAAAAUACGUUCUUAAAAAAGUACUUUUUAAAGUAAAAAUAGCUUUUUUUACUCAUUUUGGGCUUUAAAUUAAAUUUUAAAACUUUAAAAAUAUAAUUUAAAAAAUAUUGUUAUAGGUCAACUUCUCCUCCCGUAUGCAAAGUAACUGCCCACCAGAUCAAAUCCAACUCUCCGAACCCACAGCCGAUCGUCUUCGCGACAUACCGCGCUACAAACUCACCAAACGUGGUAUAGUAAAAGUGAAAGGCAAAGGUGAUGUCAAUACCUACUGGCUUGACGUCGAUCCAAAUGCCGAGUCCAUAAUGAAAAAGGUCUCCCGAGAUCAAUCAGAUGUUUCAAGUGUACCACAUCUUCCCAUAGCUACACCACUACCUCCGGAGAUUCCGGAAGAAAAGAAAGAAGAAGCUGAGAAAGAACUAGAAGCAGUUACAGAAAACGAGAAAGCAGAAGUGGAAGCGAUGAAUGAAAAUGAAAAAGAGUUUGUGAAGGACGAACUAACUCAAGAUUCGGUGGAAAAAGAAGAAAAGAAGUCGGAAUCUCUGCCAGAAGACCCACAUCAAGGGGACGAGGAGACGGCCAGGAUUGAUGACACGAUAAAAGAGAAAAGCGACCCAUUGGAGCCACAAUGGAUACAACCACAGCUAUCUAACGGACAAUUGGCUUGA